UAACUAAAGCUUUAGCGCUGUGGUAUCCACUCAGACACCUCCAUUAGAGCAGUUAAGACCCAUUGCACCGCCGAUUCGUGAGCAGAAACCAGAGCCAACACUGGAAUUCCGACCAGCUCCGGAAUCUGUAGUUCCAUUCAGAGCUGCUGGUAUUCCAAACAGCAUUCAGCCGUCUGCAAAGCUGUCAGUAAGCGAAGACGUCGCAGAAGAUGACAAGGUCUGGGUUGGUAUCAUGCAGCAGGCGGUGGCUAGGUGUGGGCAGCAACCAGAGUUAUUGGCUGCAAAUGUUCGAGCUGUAGUGGAAGAGGCAAUGAGCAUCUCCUUAAAACUUAUUUCUGAUGAUCGUUACAACAGUAUAGAGGAAGAGGUGGAAGCUCAUAAGGAUGUAAUUGGUACUCGAGAAAGCAUGGGAGAACGCUAA